CGUCACCGAGGGGUGAUGUAAUGCGUCUGUAAAUAGACUGUAUUGUAAUCUCGCUCCAGCACAACGUGGUUCCUCUCUCAGUGCCGCUUGUCCUUUUGCAGUUGCAGGUCUGAGUGGGAUAUGAACGACGAACAGGACAGACCCUACCUGUGCAAUGCCCCGGGCUGCUCUCAGCGCUUUCAUUCAGAGGAGCACCUGAUGAUCCACAGACACAAGCACGAAAUGACCCUCAAGUUCCCAUCCAUCAAGGCAGACAACGCCUCCACAGACCAGACUCCAACGCCCACACGAUUCCUGCGGAACUGCGAUGCGGUGGGUCUGUUCAAGGAGAUAGAGGAAGAGUUUCUGCAGGCACAACAAGAGGAGAACAACAAACUGCAGCAACAUCUAAAGCCCCAGCACCAGCUCCCCCCAGAGCCCCGGCAGAGCGGGCCCAGCCUCCACCACCCCCUCACCCAGCCGCUGUCGCACCCCCAGAGCCACGGCCACCUGAUGGCCCCCAGCUGCAGCCUGGCCGCCCACAAGGCUGCUCCCCCGCCCCUGCAGCCCGGCUCGGUGAUCGCCCAGGCCCGCGGCGGCCUCAUGCACUCUGGGCCGGUGCCCGGGCUGCCCUCCUCCCUGCUCCACCCGAGGAGCAGACAGAGACAACCCCUUCCCGCCUCCAUGCCUGGCACCCUGCCAGACCCCGCCAUGCAGGGGGCAUCUGCUCAGCACCUGCCUAUGGAGAGGCAGAUGUCCAGCAUGUUGGGCCUAGCGGGACACGGGAACAGGGCCCCCUGCUCCUCCCCCCAGAGGGGCAAACCGACGCCGAGCCACCACCACCACCACCCCAACCAGCCGCAGCAUCACGGCAUGACGCCCGUCGGCCACAUGAUGGACGUGAUGUCACAGCGGCAGCCGCAGAUGCCCCCGCACCACCCGCACCACCACCACCUCCCCGCCGCGCCCCUCCCCUACCAGCCCCGGUGCCACGGCGCCCUGCCCGGGCAGCAUCCCCUGGGCGCGGGCACCGGCCAUCAGCUCCGCCAGCCGGGGAACGCCCCCCACAGCCAGCCCCAGCACUCGCCCCUGUCCCACCUCCACCACGGCCCCCUGCCGCAGCACGGGUCCCCCCUCUCCAUUGCGUCAGAGCUCUCCCCGGGGUCCCAGCAGAUGCAUUCCCCCCAGCCGUGUCUGCCCCAUCAUGCACUGGGGCAGAGCGGGGGUCGCCGACGGAGGACCACGGAGCACGACCCCGACGAGCGGCGGCAGAAGUUCCUGGAGCGUAACCGGGCGGCGGCCACACGCUGCCGCCAGAAGAGGAAGGUGUGGGUGUCGUCGCUGGAGAAGAAGGCGGAGGAGCUGACACACACCAACCUGCAGUUACAGAACGAGGUGACAUCACUGAGGUCAGAAGUGGGCCAGCUGAAGCAGAUUCUCCUGACCCACAAGGACUGUCCCGUCACCACACACCAGAGAGAGACACAGGGUUAUGCCAAUGCAGGGCUGAGCCCGGGAGGAAGUCCCGCCCUCGCAUGUCCCGGCUCUCAUCGCGGGGCCGUUCAGCACAACAGCAUCUCCACCUCCUCCACCCCCACCACGGCAGGCGGGGACACGGGGCACGACCACCACCCCGGGCGUUAGCCUACAGACGUCCACCUGGCAAAGGGCCCCGCAAGGUCCCCCAGCUCCUCUGUUCCUUCUGACCCCCCAGCCAUGUCCCCAGCCAGGUCCGCCCUGUGGCCUCGGCCGUCCACACCCAUGAACACACUGAACUGGGGGGAGGAUAACAGAGUCUAGAUUAUGUGUGCGAGAGGAGCCAAGAAAAACAGGGGGGGGGGACAGGGAGAGAGGGUGGGACGGGGGGGGGACUUGGCUCUGCCACAUCCGGAACCAAAUCUGUUUCUCUUGCCUGUGACAAAAAGAAAAUGCCCUGAGUUGUGCUACUAUUCCUGAUCUGCUGCAAUGGACACGUGGCAGUGGGGGUCGAAUGGGCGCUGAGGAAAAUAGGUCUUUGAUAGCGACAAGGCUAAGCUAAGCUUAGCUUGUUGUACGUGGACUGCAUUGUAUUUGGAAGCACAAAGCAAAAACUAGUAAGGCACUUUAACUUAGAAUCAUUUUCUUGCUAAUAUCUUGCACUAAUGUGUCCUAACAAGAAGAGAAAUAUCGUGGUAUUAUGUAAACAACUUAUUGUGUUUUUUGUUUGUUUUUCAAAGUAUGGGCUCAAUAAGACAUAAGCCUUUUUUAAAACACCCCCAGGGCAAGCUACAGAAGAAACAAACAAACUGUGUAUAUUGUAUAAAAAAGUUAUUUUUUUGUAGAGAUGCCUUCAUUCCCUGUAGCGCUGUAAAUGAAAACGACAUUUUUAAUAAUGGAUUGUACAGUGGCUCUUUGUGUCACUUUAAUUUUAUAGAAAGUUCCUAUUUUCAUUCAAACUGACCCAAGCUUAACUCCAGCUUGUGCCCUGAAAUACCCACACAGCUCUAUUAAGGCUUCACUUUUUGUACUGUACAGACAUGGACAAUCAAUUAAAAUCACUUAUUCUUGCUAUG